AUGUCGAAGAUUGUCUGUGUGAUCGGCGCCACUGGAAAUCAGGGCGGAUCUGUUGUCCGCAGGUUUCUCAGUGAACCAGGCUACCGGGUUCGUGCACUCACCCGUAAUCCCAAGUCACCCGCCGCCGAGAAGCUCGCCGACCAGGGUGCUAAACUCGUCAAAGUCGACCUUGACGAUGUAAAUACUCUCACUGCCGCUUUUGCCGGCGCAAAUAUCAUAUUCAGCGUCACGAACUACUGGGAGCCCUUCUUCCGACCUGACUGCCGUCAACGAGCUGAACAAAAGGGGGUAUCCUGUCGAAAGUACGCCUAUGAUGUCGAGUAUCAACAAGGGAAGAACAUCGCAGAUGCCGCUGCAACAGUGGUUGAUACUUUGGAUGAAAACGGUUUCAUUGCUUCGACGCUGAGCCAUGCAGGGAGGUGCAGCAAGAGAAUAUUCGAGGAGCUGUAUCACUUUGAUGCAAAAGCAGAUGUUUUCCCACACUAUGUGGAAGAAAAGCACCCACUUUUAGCACAGAAGAUGUCCUGUGUGCAAACAGGAUUCUUCAAUUCCAGCUAUAAGCUAGUUCCUGAAUCCUAUUUCCGAAAGAUGCCUGACGGCAGUUUCAAGAUGAGCUUUGCAACGGCUCCUAAGGCCUUGAUCCCCCAUUUAGCCGUCAAUGCCGAUCUUGGCAAUUUCGUCUUUGCUGUCUGCAAAAUGCCACCAGGUAAGAGUUAUAUCGCAGCCGGUACAUUUUGCAGUUGGCAAGAAUAUAUGCGCAUCUGGAGCCGGGUUACCGGUGUUGCAUCGAGCUAUGAGCAGGUGACUGUGGAGCAAAUGAAGGAAGCCUCUCCAGAUAAGGAGUUUGGAAGGGAGGUUGGUGAUAUGUUUGCAUAUUCCUCCGAUCCUGGAUAUGAUGGUGGCGAUAAAUCGCUUCUGAGGGCAGAUGACCUUCGAGCUGUGAGUCCAAGUGUCAUUCUAGUAUUGGCAGAUGCAGUGGCUAACCAGACACUCUUCAUUAAGGCCGGGAUUGAUUGCCCAAUGACGACCCUAGAAGAAUGGAUGAAAAAAGAAGACUGGUCGUCGGUGCUGGCUGCUUAG